CAAACCCUCGUAAGCUUAGAGAGCGGAGGAUUGUUAAUUUUGGGCCAACGUCCUUGAGAACGUACCGAGAACUUCAAAUCUGUGGCGAAAAGAAAUAUAGGGUUUAACUAAGAUUUUGGGUCACGUAGUUGGGGACGGCAGCUUCAGCCUUCGACCAUUCCGAUUAGACUCCCCAAAUUUCUCAUUCAACAUGGCUUUCAAGACCAACACCGUUGCUUCCGCUUCUUCUGCUGUUGCAAUUUCUUCCGAAGUUAAGCUCCUUUCCUCUCUAUUUACUCACUCUCCCGCCGUUCUAUCAUCAAAUCCCCAAAUUUCCUCUGCAAAUAAUCCCAAGUCCCUACAUGCAUCACCGGAACGGAUUUCCUUUCAACACGGGAUUCCGAUGUUCCUACAUAAGUGCAAGACAGGUCUCGCGGCCAUGGCGGGGAUUAUGAGGAGAGGUUACAUUCCUGAUGUAGUGACAUUUACUACCUUGAUUAAGGGCUUGUGUGUGGAGCAUAGGAUUAUUGAAGCUACUAAGCUAUUUAUGAGAAUGCAAAAGUUAGGUUGCACGCCUAAUGUGGUUACUUAUGGAACUUUGAUCAAGGGCCUAUGUGCAUUAGGGAAUAUUAACAUCGCACUUAAGUGGCAUCAAGAAAUGCUCAAUGACACUAGUCCAUAUGUAUUUAAUUGUAGGCCUAAUGUUAUUUCCUACAGUAUCAUCAUAGAUGGACUUUGUAAGGUUGGAAAUUGGGAGGAGGCUAUAUGUUUAUUCAAUGAGAUGGUGGAUCAAGGUGUUCAACCAAAUGUUGUCACAUUUAGUGUGUUGAUUGAUAUGCUUUGCAAGGAAGGACAGGUUAUCAAGGCUAAGAAGUUGCUAGAGAUGAUGAUUCAGAUAGGUAUUGUUCCUAAUUUGUUUACUUAUACUUCAUUGAUUAAGGGGUUUUGUUUGGUUGGUGACUUGAAUAGUGCCAAGGAGUUGUUUGUUAGUAUGCCAAGUAAGGGAUAUGAACCUGAUGUGAUUAGUUACAAUAUGUUAAUCAAUGGGUAUUGUAAAACCUUGAAGGUGGAAGAAGCAAUGAAGCUUUUCAAUGAAAUGCUUCAUGUGGGAAUGUGGCCAGAUGUGAAAACAUCGGGUGUCUUGUUAAAAGCGCUUUUUCUUGCCGGCAAGGUUGAUGAUGCAAAGGAACUAUUUCGUGUCAUUAAACCUUAUGCUAUGCCCAAAGAUUUAUGUAUAUGUUGUAUUUUCUUAGAUGGGUUGUGUAAGAAUGGUUAUAUUUUUGAAGCGAUGAAACUUUUUAAUGAGCUAGAAUCUUACAACAUGAAAUUGGACAUUGAAACCUUUGGUUGUCUAAUUGAUGGUCUGUGCAAAGCAGGGAAACUUGAAACUGCUUGGGAGCUAUUUGAAAAACUAUAUGAGGAAGGAAUUCAACCGGAUGCUAUGGCUUAUUCCAGUAUGAUCCAUGGGUUUUGUAAGAAGGGACAAGUAGAUAAGGCAAAUAUUUUGUUUCAAAAGAUGGAAGAAAAUGGUUGUUCUCCCGACUUAAUUACUUAUAGUAUCCUUAUGCGUGGUUUCUAUGAGAGUAAUAAAUUAGAGAAAGUGGUUCAACUCCUCCAUAGGAUGAUUGAAAAGGAUGUGUGGCCAGAUGAUGGCAUUUAUGCUAUAGUUGAAGACAUGGUUUGCAAAGAUGAAAAAUAUAAAGAAUGGCUAGACUUGCUUCAAAGAUUUUUUGUCCAAAAGCAUCGGAAUGGCUAUUUAUAGACUUAGAAGCUAUAUGACUUGGAAAUAUCUAAUCAGUUUUGAGAAGCAAUGAAACACAUUGGUUUCCAUUUUUCUUCUUUGUUGCUAAAAAAAAUAUUUGAGUUGUUCUUCACGAGCAGCAUUGGUAGCGAGUUUGUUAAGAAAUGGAGAGAGAGAGAGAGGCUGACAAUGGAGUAAUUAUACUUGGGAGAAUUGAAAUCACAACCACCAGCGGGGAGGAGCACAUUGAUUGACGACAUCGCUCGUGGGUGUGAGACUGGAGAAAAUAGGGUGUUGUGGUGUGAGAAGUUGUUGGUUAGUA